AUGGAAGACAUGUUCGUCGGUAACACAAUUAAAGUAUACGGCAGACAAAUAAAAAUCACCGAUUAUUUAGAUUGUCGUACCCAAAACUAUGUUGGAAAAUUCAGAGAGAAAACGUGUGCUAUAUUAAAACCUAAUAUAGUAGAUAAAAUGGUCGAAAUUAUUAGUAUUAUUGAACACCACAAUAUAAUGAUAUCAAAACUAAGAAGGUGCGAACUGACCAGAAAGCAAGCAUUAGAUUUGCAUGCAAAUAUGAAAGUAUUAGAAUUGGUAGGUGAAAACGUUGUACAAAAAUGGAUGGAUUUAAUGGGUCCAGCACAUCCUCUAGAAACAAAGAAAGUUGCACCCAACAGCUUAAAAGCUAUAUGCGGUAAAGACAGCGAAGCUACUAACGGUUUUCACGAUUCACUGACUGUUGAAGAUGCUUUUACUGAAUUGGAAUUCAUUUUUUCAAAUAGAGACAACACUCCGGAAUCAUUAGCGCAGUUUGAAAAUACUACGUGUUGUUUAAUUAAACCUCACGCUAUUCAAGAAGGAAAACUAGAAGGUAUAAUCACCACAAUAACUAACUCCCCCUUUAAAAUUACAGGUGCACAUAUCGUGUAUUUAUCCAGUGCCAAUGCUGACGAAUUUUUAGAAGUUUAUAAAGGUGUUGUGAGCGACUACAACGCUUUCAUGUUAAGUUAUCUUAAUGGACCUUGCGUGGUGUCAGAAAUAGCGGGAAAAAUUAGAAAUUUUACCGGACCUAUGGACACUGACAUUGCUUAG